GAGUAGCAGAGAGCAGCAGCAGCAGCGGCCGGGCUGCUGGCUGGGUGAACGGACGGACGCUGCACUGACGUUGACGCUGAAUGAGCUCGUCUCUGCUUCCCGAAUGUCUUCGCGAAGUUAAACGGGGGGAAGAAAGGAAAGUUUAAAGAAGGACCGGUUGGUGGGUUAGCCGCCCGUGUGUGUGCGCCUUUCCGGCCGGAUCCAUGGACAUUGAUGGUUGGUAACUUGUUGCAGCCGGAGCGUUGGUGUUAAAGCGAGAGAGGGAGAGACGGGCAGAGAGAGAGAGGCGCCAUUUUGUUCCCGUUUAAAAAGAACUCUCAUCGCCCCAAUUAUUAGCAGCUAGAGCGGGGGAGCGACAGAUUAUGGCAAAGAAAACCUACGACUUGCUCUUCAAGCUGCUGCUGAUCGGAGAUUCGGGCGUGGGCAAAACCUGCGUGCUUUUCAGAUUCUCAGACGACGCCUUUAACACCACUUUUAUCUCUACUAUAGGAAUUGAUUUUAAAAUCAAAACAGUGGAACUACAUGGAAAAAAGAUCAAAUUGCAGAUAUGGGAUACAGCAGGACAGGAACGGUUUCACACCAUCACCACCUCCUAUUACAGAGGAGCAAUGGGAAUCAUGCUCGUCUACGACAUCACAAAUGCCAAAAGCUUUGAAAACAUCAGCAAAUGGCUAAGGAACAUAGAUGAACAUGCAAAUGAAGAUGUAGAGAGGAUGUUACUAGGCAACAAAUGUGACAUGGAAGACAAACGAGUGGUGCCGAAAACUAAAGGAGAACAGAUUGCCAGAGAACAUGCAAUUAGGUUUUUUGAGACAAGUGCAAAAGCGAAUAUCAACAUUGAGAAAGCAUUCCUCACAUUAGCAGAAGACAUACUUCAAAAGACUCCUGUAAAGGAACCUGACAGGGAAAAUGUAGAUAUCAGCACUACAGGUGGUGGAACAGGAUUGAAGAAAUGCUGUAGCUGAGCAAUCCCUGUGGAAAUUUACUUCUGCAUUCUGUCUGAAAUGUCCUUUCCCAUUAAAACAAAAUUCUCAUUAACUUUAGUUCUUGCAUCUUGCCUGCUUCAAAAACACGACUUUGAAAACCUGUAUAGAAUCAUGUCUGUGACUCAUUGUCUCAUUUUAAAUGUGUGUGCUCAACUCACUACAUUUGGUUGUAUUAUAGUUAAAUUCAUUAUCAAAAUAACAAUGGUUUCAACUCAUCAAAUUGUAUAAGAAUAAAAGUUAGAAUUAACAAUUUUUGUACAACAGUGGGAUUUUCUCUUAUGUAUAAUGUACUUUUUAAUUUGUACAUUUGUGCAAAAAACUGAAAUUCAAGAUACUUGUAGACUGCUUUCCUUAUAGAUGGGAUUUGAUUUUGUCUUGUGCCUUAUUUGAAAACUGGCGUAAAGAGAACGACUGCUGAGGCAGAAGACCGGUUCUCACUUGGCUGUUUUGCUAUAUAUUUCAGUACAAACCCAUUAUAGCUGCCAAUUCCAAACUUUUUUUGGUGUUGAACUACAGUAUUUCUUGAACAAUAUUUCCUGUUUAUGCAUACUUGGUUUUUACCCUAAUCUAUCGAGGGGGGAAAUUAAUGCACGUCAUGCUCCAUUCUUUGUGACGUGUUUCUUCUGUAAUCGUGUAGUUUUCUGUAAUGGGCCACCGCAGAAAGCUUUAGGAUAUUUGCUUUCUGAUAAUAAGGCAUCAGACAACAUGUUCAUGAGCUAGCAGUUCUGCUGCCUGAAACAUGUUCUUGCCAAUAUCAGGACUCUACAUUUACUAAGCAAACCAGGUGUCUUGUGAUUGGUCUUUUGGAAUCAUUGUUUUCUCAACAAAUUGUUUUGUUCAGUUUAAUGACAAGCAGCUUUCAAGUUGCGAAACAGGUUGUUUUCCUGUCACUUUAAAGUCAUUCUAUGUUCUCCCAGAUGUCCCUUUCAAUUUCUCAUUUGGUGGUGGGUUCUGAAGAGACUUGGGAAUAUUGAAAUAAGUGUAAUAUAUUUCAGUAUACUCUAAUACUUUUAAAGUCUAAAGUCUGCUUCCUAUUAAAAUGGAUGAGCAAG